UGUAUUCAGCACUGGCUGUCAUGCAGGUGGAAUUUGCGGCUCAGCUUUUGCCACUGCGACGGGGCAAAACUGAGCCACUGAGUUCAUCAGAUUCGGAAGAUUAGUGUGUGUCUUAUAAUUUUUCACAAAGAACAGAUUCUCCACUUGCUGUCACAUUCCGAUCGAAUGGAGCGGUCAUAGUGGCAAAUGAUGCUGAACUGGACUGGACUGGACUGGAAAGGGUCUCGCUGCUGCGCACCUGAGGAUGGACGUUAUUUUGGGAGAAAAUAAACAAUACGGUAUUUUUUUUUUUUUUAGAAGAAUCUCCCUAGACUGUAUUUUUCUGUGGACGAUUUUCCUUUUCAUAGCCUGAGUCUCAUUCAUGAAGGCAGGAGCUGAGUGGGCAGUGGGAAUGGUCGCUGGAUCUUACUGCUGCAUGGUUUCAUUCACCCCGGUCUAAAAGCAGCCUGUCAGCUCGACACGACUUUAGAAAUCCGCAGCUCUUUUUUUUUUUUUUUUUUUAAAGCCCAGAUGAUGGAAGAAGUUAGCGGCAGUGAAUGUAUGCCCGAUCUGAAAGAGCUGGAGGUGAAGGUUGGGAGGAAGACGCCGGAAGGUUUGCUCAGGUGGAUGCGUCAGGACGCAGCGCAGCGCGGAGAGCAGAGCAAAGUCACCCAGCAGGAGAGCGCAGACAGCGGGGAGCACGGGCUGGAUGGGAAGAUCAGGAAGCUCAGAGUCGAGAUGGCUCAUCUACGGGCAGUGGAUGUGAGAAUCCUGCAACAACUCGUGGCACUGCAUGAGGGCAUCGAGGCAGCGAAGUGGCUUAUGGAAGAGCGCGGCUUGCUCACCAGCCACUGUAGCAGCCUGACAGGCAGUCAGUACAGUCUGGGAGGCAGCUGGAGCAGCCUACAUGAGCCCCAUGACAAGCUGGACAACAUCUCCAUCGGCAGUUACCUGGAUACUCUGGCUGAUGAUCUGGAUGAGUACUGCACCUCCAGCGGGGCGGAAUCUGUGCUCUGCUCUGCUCCUGUGUGCACAGACAACUCCAAAUCUGCUCAGGUGAAAGGCAGUGCCCCUAAAGAGGAUUUGAAAUCUUCCAGUCAUGAUGCUAACCAUAGAGAAGCUAGUAAGAGUAAAGGUGCAAAUACUGGAAACUUGGAUGGUGUAGAUAAGCAAGACACUGACUCCUCCAAGGCUCUUGCAGCUGAGAGGCUGGCGAAGACCUUGAGCCCUAAGGGUAAGAUUUACAAGAAUGGCAAGGUGGAGUUGGAAAGCUGCAAAAUAAAUGGCAAAGUGCAUUUGGAAUACGAUGCUCACUGGCACUGGGUGCAGUCACAGGAUGAUGUGACGUUUUUGUGAGGGUUAAAAAAGGUGCAAUUAAAGUUGCUGGUUAUAUUUUUGGACUUUAGAUCUUUAUUGGACAGAUUAAGCUUAAGUGAAUGCAGAUAUUGUGGUAUGAUGUCAAAGAUCCCAUGGGGCCAAAGCUUAUAAAGCAUGAACGUUAUAUUUGUCUUUACAAUCAUUUAUCUGUACAGAUGUUUAUCUAUUAUACCUACGUUGCUCAGCGAUUCCCAGCCCUGGUGCUAGAGUACCCUUGCUCUGCACAAUUUAGUGCUUUCCUUGAUCUAACUCUCCCACAUUGACUCAGGAAGGACCUGUUAAUUAUCUGAUUAGUUGGAGGUGUGUGCUAGUGGGAAAAGUAGUGAAAAUACAGGAAAGGAAAACACCUAGGACUAGAGUCGGGAAUUGCUUGUGCAGUAUGUUAUGUGACUAUGGAAGCUGUUUUAUCAGUAAAUUUUCCAGUUUCUUUUUAUUAUUUCUUUGCAGAGAUGUGGUUGAUAAGCCCAUAUAUUUUCUGUGAUAAUAUCAGUGUUAAUGAUUAGAUUUCCAUUUUUUAUCUUGUGCAAGUUGACCAGUACAGAUUGACUUUUAUUUUAAAGUGUUUUAGUUAAAGAGCGAAGUGAUCAGAGGUAGGUGAUCAGUAUAAAACUAUAAUGAAUUCCUAUUUUCAUGUAAGUUCGGAAGGAGCCUGAAAGAUAUGAUUAUAUAUUCAUUCAUUUAUUCAUUUAUAUGAAUAGAUGAAAAGAUGGCAUAUAAUAAGUAUUUUAGAGAGGACCAAAGUUUUUAACUAUAUAAACACAAGACAUUAAAAUAAUAUUUUUGUAUUUAUUCUAAAAUUUAAAGCUCAAAUAUAUAAUAUAAUCAAUACAUUGUAACACUGUUUUUUAUAACUCACAUUUGCAGUGUAAAAUCAGUUAACGCACAUUAAUGUUUUUGCAGCAGCACACUGUGGCAGACCCGUGCUCAGACUAUCAGGUGCCAAGAUGGAUAACCGUUUAAUAACUGGAAUUAAGAACUAAAAAGAUCUCAACAUGAAACGUCUUUAACAUAAAUGUAAUGUUAGUUCAGAUAUGACUUAUAUGUAUAGACUACAACACAGUCAAAGAGCAAAUUUUAUCUAGAUAGCUUCAAUAUAAAAUAUAAAAUCUGUACCUAUGUGGAAAAUGAUGUGCAAUAUGAUUAAAUAUAUACUGCCUGGCCAAAAAAAAAAAAAGCUUUGAUGAUGACAUGCAUUUGCAGUGGCAUUGUUUCGUCAACCUUGUCAAUGUCAUAACAUUUGUUUUUUAUUUAAAGAAGCAAUAAUUUUUGACUGACAUCUUACAGUAUAUUGAUGACAGGAGAGUUCAACAUCUCUGUAAAGCCUUUUCUAGCACCUCCUAAUUCUACAAUUUGAGCCUGAUGACCCUUGGCACUGUCAUGCUGGAAUAUACCAGUACCAUCAGAGAGGAAAAAUCCAUUGAUAUGAUAAACUGGUCAUCAAUACAUGCAGGUGGUCAGCCAACUUAAUUUUAUUUCUACAUAACAUUGCCGAACCUAAACCUGACAGAAAGAAGCAACCCCGGAUUUUAACACUGCCUCCAGGGGCUUGUAUGGCGGCCACUUUGCAUGCUUUAUGUGAUUUUUUACCCCUGAUGCUCAACGCUCAGGAAUAGGUUCAAUCUGGACUCAUCAGAUGUAUGAUCUUUUUGUAUUGAUCCAAAGUCCAAUCUUUAUGCUCCCCAGCAAACUGAAACCUUUUUAUUCUGAUUAGUCUCACUAACAAGUAAUUUUCUUAAUGACACACAGCUGUUUAGUCCCAGUUCUAUAAAUUCUGGUCACAGUGUGUGUGUGUGUGUGUGUGUAAAUGCUCUUACUUUGAUGCAACUCCUCCAAGUUUGAUUGUUUUAAGUAAUCAUAAAUUAUGAUAAUAUUUUAAACCAAUUCACCAUUAUCAUGAUGAGUUUUGGAAAAACAUUGGAUAAUUUUUUAACUUAUUUAAAUCUAAAUUGUACCUUCAUUGGCCAGGCAGUGUAUAAUUGGUUCAUUUAAAUAUGUAUGUAGUCAACUAAUACAGAUAAAUGUGGCCUGUUGAUUAACGCUGGAUCAUGCAAAAGUAUUUGACCAAGUCUUAUGCAACCAUGUAGUAUUACAGAGGCACAUUGAUGUUGUGAGCUCUUCAUGAUUGUGAAUGCAGGGAAUUGUAUGCAUGAAAAUGUGUGGGUUUAUGUAUUUAUUACAAAAGAAAGUGAAAAAACACUCGCUGUGUAAUAAUUAAAUGCAGUUUUUAUAUUAGUGCUGCUGGAUGUGGCUUUGCCUGUUUUACUUAUGCAAGGAAAACUGCACUGCUGUAAUAGUUUUAUGUAAUGAAGCUAUACAUGCUAAAUGACAUUUGAUGUGUUACAUAAUAAAUUGUGAUGUCUGACCCAGGUUGA